GUUACCAUAGGUCGUUCCAAAACCCUCGGUACGACUACGCGGUUAGUCUAUAGUAACCCUACAUUACCGUUCCAAAACACUUAUUUGGUUGACCACAGAGGUAACUUUAUGACCUCCCAAAAUCGAGAGGUUAUAAUAGUUACCAAGGUAUAGUGCGGGAAAAAUAAUUCAAUUAGUGUAACGAAUUUUCGGUAUAUUUAAAUAAUUUAUAAAUAUAAAACCGUUAUGGACCAUAAUUUUGUCCUUGAAAAAAAUCGCCAUUGUUUAAUAGUUGACGAGAAUCAACAAGUGAGCAGAGGCGAGAAUGAUGGACUUAUAGUUUACGAUAAUAAAAGUGAACUACUUUCUGAAUUGCCGUUAUCAUCAAAGGUGGUAUCAUUUUUUGGCCUUUCCUUAACAAAUGGAACUGGGGGAUUGAAGGAUGAAGAGAGAAUGCAAAUAAAUAACUUAGUUUCAGUUUGGGAUUCAAAUGCUAAUGAAAAUAGUAACACUGAUUUAUUAAAUUUGUGUUCAGAUACAUCGAAGAAGCAAGAAUAUAAUAUUGGCUGUGAUGAGCAGAAAUCAGCGAUUGCUGUAUGGAACGAUAAAGCUGUUAAACUCCUGUUUACUUUGUAUAAAGAUCAUCAAGAUGAUUUUAAGAGUACUUCUAUUAAAAACAAUUCAGUAUGGGAUAAAAUUGGAAAUAAAAUGAAAAGUGAAAAAUAUAAUUUUACAAGGACACAAAUAAAAGAUAAAUGGAUAAAUAUGAGAAAACACUACAUGCGAGUCAAGGAUUAUAACAAACAAACAGGAGCUGAACGUAAAACUUACCGAUACUAUGAUGAAAUGGACAAGUUAUAUGGAAACAAACCCAACGUGAAUCCUAUUGCUAUUGCAUCAAAUAUGAGAAAGAAUAUUGAAGAUGAAAUUACACUUUCAUCUUUAGAAGAUAAUACAACAGAUGAUGAUCAACGUAUUCGGAAGAAAAGUAAAGUCGAACGUCAAUUAUCUUCGUGGUCAGAUAAAUUUAUUCUACAUAUUAAGGAACAGAAGGAUCGACGUGAACAGCGGCAUGCUGAGAGAGUAGCCGCUAUAGAAAAUGCAACGAAAUCGUUCUGUGAUACGAUGGAAAAAUUAAUUGAUAAAUUGUAAACUGUUUAAAUUUUUUUCCAAGAUAUAUUUUUUUAUUAAGUACACGUCAUUCAGAAUUAAAAGCAUUAUUUUUUUUUAGUUUUGUUUAAAUAAUUUUAUUUUUACGAUAAGGUAUUAUGUUGCUCAUAUUGAUAUUUGUUUGACUGUGAUCAAAUCUUAUCUAGAUUUUAUGCUAUAUAGAAUAAGAGAAUAAGAGAGAAUAAGAGUUAGUUAAUACAAUAUAUAUUUUUUCAAAGGUGUAAAUUGCCAGAUUGAUUUGUUAUUGUAGGUUUUGUUUAUUAUAAAUUUUACAUGUAUGUUUAGUUUAUCAUAUGUGAGUGGAAAUAAUACUUGGAAGGAAAAAUGCAUGUUUAAGUUGUCGCAAUUUGUUUAUUACACAUCAGCAAUCUUUAAUAGUUCUAUUUUUUGUCUAGUAACUUUAACUAAGGAAGUAUUUGAUGUUAUAGUUUAUAUAGAGCAUUCUUCUAAACAGUAUAUUUCGUUGUUAUUAUAUAUUCAUUCCUUGUUACUUAAAUA